UACGCUUCGUUCUCUGCGUUCAGUAGACGAUGACCACUCGCUGGCGUCGCGUCGCAUCGUUCCUCCAGCCGAAUACCAGCUUGUAGACCGAUGGACAUGUGGGCCAGAUCGCCGAUGUCGUUCCUGCUGCUGGGAUGGGCGUCGUGUCUGUUGGUCCAGAGUGUUCACUCGUUGAACCCGGACGCUGGUCCUUGGGUGCUGCCCACGCAGGGCGAACCUUGGCCCCAUCCGAAUCUCCGUCGCAUGAGCCAAGCGUUCUAUCUUCUGCGUGCCUCGACCUUCCAGUUUAACGUGAUCGGCGAGACGUGCGAUAUCAUGACGGAUGCGGUAGAAAGGUACAAGGCGAUCAUUCUAACGGAGGCGCGAAUAGCCAAGAUCUCGUCGCAAGGGCAUCCGAGGUCGCCGGUAAGGGACGACGGAACCAUUAAAGGUACCCUUAACACUUUGGACAUUCGUCUAGGAGAGUCUUGCGAGAAGGAUGGCAACCACUGGCCUCAUUUGCAAAUGUCGGAGUCAUAUACUCUCAUUAUCAAUGAAACCUCUACGGUCGCGAAUCUAAUGGCUGAGUCGAUAUGGGGAAUUCUUCGAGGUCUCGAGACAUUUUCUCAACUCUUAGCCCCAGCUGGCGAUAGUUCUAACUUAAAAAUAAGAUGUCAGACCAUCGUGGAUCGACCGAUGCUUCCUCAUCGUGGACUCUUAUUAGACACGUCUCGUCAUUAUUUGCCUAUCUCUGACAUAAUGCUUACGCUGGACGCCAUGUCUUACAAUAAAAUGAACGUUCUCCAUUGGCAUAUUGUCGACGACAAUAGCUUCCCCUAUCAGAGCUCCAGUUAUCCGGAUUUGUCCGCCAAGGGAGCGUACCAUCCCUCAAUGGUAUACACGUUGAACGACAUUCAGAAGAUUGUCGACUACGCUAGGCUAAGGGGCAUUCGAGUGAUGCCGGAAUUCGAUACUCCAGGACAUACCAGGUCAUGGGGUUCAGCCUACCCUGAACUAUUGACCACUUGCUACGAUAAAGGAAAGCCAAACGGUAAAUUGGGCCCGAUGAAUCCAACGAAGCCGAAUCUGUACGAGUUCCUUCGUCACCUAUUCGCCGAGAUCGUACAGGUAUUUCCGGAUCAAUACGUCCAUCUAGGUGGCGACGAAGUGCCAUUCGAUUGUUGGAGGAGCAAUCCAGAGAUCAGUGCGUAUGUGAAGUCGCGGAACAUAUCCAGGUACGAGGUUCUCGAGAGCGAGUUUAUCGGCAAGCUUCUUCAGAUCACGAAUUCUCUUCAAGCGAGCACGAUCGUGUGGCAGGAGGUAUUCGAGAAUGGAGUCGUCAUGCCGAAUGACACGGUCGUUCACGUGUGGACAGGCAACUGGAUGAAAAAAUUGGAAAAUGCUACCAAGGCUGGCCAUCCAGUGCUGUUAUCAGCCUGUUGGUACUUGGAUCACCUUGCUAGUGGUGGUGACUGGAGGAAGUACUACAAAUGCGAUCCAAUGUCAUUCACCGGAGCCGCAAAUGUAACUCAUUUGAUGUUGGGUGGUGAAGCUUGUAUGUGGGGAGAAUUUGUCGACAGAAACAAUGUGCAUCCAAGAAUAUGGCCUCGUGCUAGUGCAGCCGCAGAACGUCUCUGGACUAUUUCGAAACAAGAUGAGAACAAGGCUGCCCAACGUCUCGAGGAACAUGCUUGUCGCAUGAACAGACGUGGAAUCCCGGCGCAACCACCGAAUGGACCUGGAUUCUGCGUGAUGUAACAAAAGGACAAUCGAGAAAUUAGUUCGCUAAAGCGCUUGAGGAUAUGUUUGCGCGCGUUUGAGACACACGUUAUACUUUAACGAGUGAUUACUUAAUGGUUAUUUACAGAAAAACAAUCGCAAUGUAAUUAAGAAUAAAACGUUUCGAACAGUUCUUCGUCCGAUGAAUAUUAAAAAAAUUUUUAAUGUAUCUGGAUAGAUCAGUCACGCAUUUCGUAAGGUUAAAUUAAUUUUCGUUAUUAAUCACAGUUGAUUUAAUAGUUGAAAUUUAGACAGUUCUCUUUUGUUCGUUGAGUAUUAUUUUCUGAAUUCAAGAUGAGAGUUCUUAACGCAGAAAAAUCGUCUAUAUUUAGAAAAAAAAGGAAGUGGAUGAAAAGUACAGUAAUUAUUUGGAAUCAUGGCUACCUCACCGAUUGCCGCAGGCAUAAUUCUAAGUACUUUUCAUUACAUACAUAAUCACGAAGAGAACAAGCAAUUUUUUCGAUAAAAAUAUCUACGAAAUAUUUAUCUUUGAAUAUCUGUUCUGAUUACAAUUUUAAAUAUUUUAUUAAAUAUUAUCAUUUUCGAAAUUGAUGGGCAUUUGGAAAGCAAUAUAAAUUUAAAAAAGGUCGAUGUGAGGAAACUGACUCUUAAUACAUAUUUUAUGAUGAUUACCAACACUGUUGGUAAAAACAAUUUUUCAACAGUAUAAAUAAUUAAAUAAUGCCAUAAGAUGAAAAAUUAAAUAACUAAGACAUGUUAAGAAUUAGAAGUCAGAAAUUUGU